GCUGCGCAGCGGGGGAGGCUAUGGCGGAGCCGGCGCAGGCCCAGGCCCAGGCUCCAACCCAAAUCCAGGCCCAGGCCCAGGCCCAGGCCCCGCAGCCCCGGAGCCUGCAGUCUCCGGUUCCGGCUCCGGCCCCGGCCCCGGCCCCAGCUCCUACCCCCGGCCCAGGCCCAGCCGCGGCCCCAGCGGGAGCACCAGGGAGCGGGACGCCCGGGGCGGGGAGCGGGGCGCCCGGAGCUGGGGGGGAUCCGGCGCGGCCCGGCCUGAGCCAGCAGCAGCGCGCCAGCCAGAGGAAGGCGCAGGUCCGCGCGCUGCCCCGGGCCAAGAAGCUGGAGAAGCUCGGGGUCUUCUCGGCCUGCAAGGCUAAUGAUGCUUGCAAAUGUAAUGGCUGGAAGAACCCCAAACCUCCCACCGCUCCCCGAAUGGACCUGCAACAACCUGCAGCUAACUUAAGUGAGGCCUGCCGGAGCUGUGAACACCCCUUGGCUGACCAUGUGUCCCACCUGGAGAAUGUGUCUGAGGAUGAAAUCAACAGGCUGCUGGGGAUGGUGGUAGAUGUAGAGAAUCUGUUCAUGUCUGUACACAAGGAAGAAGACACAGACACCAAACAAGUUUACUUCUACCUAUUUAAGCUUUUGAGAAAAUGCAUCCUACAGAUGACGCGUCCAGUAGUAGAGGGAUCACUGGGAAGUCCCCCCUUUGAGAAACCCAAUAUUGAGCAGGGUGUACUGAAUUUUGUGCAGUUUAAGUUCAGCCAUCUGGCCCCAAGGGAGCGGCAGACGAUGUUUGAGCUCUCCAAGAUGUUCCUGCUCUGUCUUAACUACUGGAAGCUGGAGACUCCUGCCCAGUUCCGGCAGAGGUCACAGGGUGAAGAUGUGGCCACCUACAAGGUCAAUUACACCAGGUGGCUGUGUUACUGUCAUGUCCCACAAAGCUGUGACAGCCUACCCCGCUAUGAGACAACUCAUGUCUUUGGGCGCAGCCUCCUUCGAUCCAUCUUUACUGUUACCCGCCGACAACUGCUGGAGAAGUUUCGGGUGGAGAAGGACAAACUGGUACCUGAGAAGAGGACGCUUAUCCUUACUCAUUUCCCCAAGUUCCUGUCCAUGUUAGAGGAAGAAAUCUAUGGGGAAAAUUCCCCUAUCUGGGAAUCAGGGUUCACCAUGCCUGCCGCAGAGGGGCCACAGUUAGUUCCCCGUCCAGCCACUGUCAGUGCUGCAGCCGUGCCAAGUGCCCCGUUAUUCACCCAGAGCCUGGGUGGCAGCAGCAGCAGUUCCCUUGGCCUAGAUUCUGGAGGGGCAGAGCCCAUGCCAGGUGAAAAGAGGAAGCUCCCUGAGAACCUGACCUUGGAAGAUGCAAAGCGACUUCGAGUAAUGGGGGACAUUCCCAUGGAAUUGGUCAAUGAAGUCAUGUUGACCAUCACAGACCCUGCAGCCAUGCUUGGGCCUGAGACCAGCUUGCUGUCAGCCAAUGCGGCCCGGGAUGAGACUGCUCGGCUAGAAGAACGUCGUGGGAUCAUUGAGUUCCAUGUCAUAGGAAAUUCGCUGGCACCAAAGGCCAAUCGUCGUGUAUUGCUCUGGCUGGUUGGGCUACAGAAUGUUUUUUCUCACCAGCUGCCCCGAAUGCCCAAAGAGUACAUUGCCAGGCUUGUGUUUGACCCGAAGCACAAGACAUUGGCCCUCAUCAAAGAUGGACGGGUCAUUGGGGGAAUCUGCUUCCGAAUGUUCCCCACCCAGGGCUUCACGGAAAUUGUCUUCUGUGCGGUCACUUCCAACGAACAAGUCAAGGGAUACGGGACUCACCUCAUGAACCACCUGAAGGAGUAUCACAUCAAACACAACAUCCUCUACUUCCUCACCUAUGCGGAUGAGUACGCCAUCGGCUACUUCAAAAAGCAGGGUUUCUCCAAGGAUAUCAAGGUUCCCAAGAGCCGCUAUCUGGGUUACAUCAAGGAUUAUGAGGGGGCCACGCUGAUGGAGUGUGAGCUGAAUCCCAGGAUUCCCUAUACUGAACUUUCCCAUAUCAUCAAGAAGCAGAAGGAGAUAAUCAAGAAACUGAUUGAGCGCAAACAGGCUCAGAUUCGGAAGGUGUACCCGGGGCUUAGCUGCUUCAAGGAGGGUGUAAGACAGAUCCCUGUGGAGAGUGUCCCUGGCAUCCGUGAGUGGCUGGCAUCUGAGCUGCCCGGGGGGGCAGCCCCAGACAGAGCUUGCGAAACAGGAUGGAAGCCACUGGGGAAGGAGAAGGGGAAGGAGCUCAAGGACCCUGACCAGCUCUAUACAACCCUCAAAAACCUGUUGGCUCAGAUCAAGACCCACCCUAGUGCCUGGCCCUUCAUGGAGCCUGUGAAGAAGGCAGAGGCUCCAGAUUAUUAUGAGGUCAUCCGCUUCCCCAUUGACCUGAAGACCAUGACAGAGCGUCUCAGGAGCCGCUACUACGUGACUCGGAAACUCUUUGUGGCUGACCUGCAGCGAGUGAUUGCCAACUGCCGGGAGUACAACCCCCCAGACAGCGAGUAUUGCCGCUGUGCCAGCGCCCUGGAGAAGUUCUUUUAUUUCAAGCUAAAAGAAGGGGGGCUUAUUGACAAGUAGGGGGACCCCCACUGGGCUCCUCAGCCUGCCCUAUACUCCCUGGCUCCUUGACCUUGGGGCUCACUGGCAAGUAGGGGGACCAUUACAGGGCUCCCCAACCUGUCCCCUAACCUAGGGGGCUCACUGGCAAGUAGGAGGACUCCACCAGGCUCCCCAGCCUGAUCCUGACCUGGGGAGCUCAAAGGCAGGGGGACUCCCAUCAGACUCUCCAACCUGCCCCUUCACCUUGGGGGUUCACUGACAAGUAGGGAGCCCCUACUGGGCUCCUCAAAUUAACCCCUCACCUUAGGGGCUCAUUGGCAAGUAGGGGACCCCCACUCUUUCUCAGUCCUCCCUCCACCUUUAAGUUCCGGACUCAGACUCCCCCCAGACCCUUUCUGCAUCCCUUCCACCUGUGGGAGGAGUGGGAAAAGGGGAGCUUCCUCCAUGACUAUCUUGGAAUUGUCCCCAUCCCUAGUAUAGGCCCUUGCCCUAACCCAGACCCCUCUCCCAUCCCUGAACUACAGCAUCGUGUCUGCCUCAAGAGGAAAAGGGCUUCAUAGUCAAAAGGUUCUCAGUCCAAGUUUCACAGGGCCCUGCGGGAUGGGGCACCCUCAGCUCCACGGCUCCUCCACUGCAGCCGUGGUCCUUCCUUGUGCUUUGGGGAUUUUGAUCUUUUGGGGACAAGGGCUGACUGCUGUCUUGAUGUAUUGAGGGGGCAGGGGUGGUUAGAAAUGAGAGGGGCUAUUAGGUUGGGGAUGCAGCUUGGGAGUGGGGCACCCAAUUCCUUCUCUGCACUUGUCCACUCCAGCCAUCAUCUGUUCCCUUGUAGGGACCUGUUCCCUCUGCAUCUACCCCACCUGGGGAACAAUAAAGCUCUGAGGUUGGUUUUUUCCA